AUGGAUCGGCCCCGGCCGCGGCCGCAUCGCCCGGCGCUGGGCUCCUCCUCCGCCUCUCUCCGCACCUGCCGGGACGGCAGGAUGCCCCGCAGGAAGGGCCCCCCGCACCCCCCGCCGCCCGGCGGCCCCGAGGAGCCUGGAGAGAAACGCGCCAAGUUUCAUUUACAUAUAAGGACACUGACUGAUGAUAUGCUGGACAGAUUUGCUAGCAUAAGAAUUCCAGGCAGCAAGAAGGAGAGACCUCCACUUUCCAACUUGAAGACUGUCUUUGCGACCAGUGAUUGUUCUUCAGAGACAAUGCAAAACAUUCCAAAGCCAUUGUCGGAAAAAGAAAUCUUAGAACUUUUUGAAAAGAUGAUGGAAGAUAUGAAUUUAAAUGAAGAUAAAAAGGCACCAUUGCGGGAAAAGGACUUCAGUAUCAAAAAAGAAAUGGUGAUGCAGUACAUUAAUACUGCUUCCAAGACAGGAACUCUUAAGAGUAGUCGACAGAUUUCAUCUCAGGAAUUUAUCCACGAACUGAAAAUGGGAGCUGCAGAUGAGAGACUUGUCACAUGCCUGGAGUCCCUCCGAGUAUCAUUGACUAGUAAUCCUGUGAGUUGGGUGCAAAGCUUUGGACAUGAGGGCCUUGGAUUAUUACUAGACAUUUUGGAAAGACUGAUCCAUGGCAAAAGUCAAGAAAAAAUAGUAAAGAAGAAUCAGCACAAAGUUAUACAGUGUCUGAAGGCCUUGAUGAAUACACAGUAUGGUUUGGAAAGAAUUAUGAGUGAAGAGAGGAGUCUUUCUUUAUUAGCCAAAGCCAUUGAUCCUGAGCACCCCCAUAUGAUGACCGAUGUGGUUAAACUCCUCUCUGCAGUGUGCAUUGUAGGGGAAGAAAGCAUCCUUGAAGAAGUUUUAGAAGCGUUAACAUCAGCUGGAGAAGAAAGAAAAAUUGACAGAUUUUCUUCUAUUGUGGAAGGUCUUCGGCACAAUUCAGUUCAACUGCAAGUAGCGUGUAUGCAGCUCAUCAAUGCCCUUGUUACUUCUCCUGAUGAUUUGGACUUCAGGCUUCACAUCAGAAAUGAAUUUAUGCGUUGUGGAUUGAAAGAGAUCUUGCCGAACUUAAGACAUGUUAAGAAUGAUGGCUUGGACAUCCAACUUAAAGUUUUUGAUGAGCAUAAGGAAGAAGAUUUGAUCGAAUUCUCCCAUCGCCUUGAGGAUAUUAGAGCUGAACUUGAUGAAGCAUCUGAUGUUUACAAUAUUCUGUGGAACAGAGUUAAAGAAACUGGAGCAGAGAGAUAUUUUAUUUCUAUUCUUCAGCACCUUUUGUUGAUUCGAGAUGAUUAUUUUAUCAGGCAACAGUACUUCAAAUUAAUUGAUGAGUGUGUAUCUCAGAUUGUACUGCAUAGAGAUGGGACGGAUCCAGACUUCACAUACCGGAAAAGACUAGAUUUAGAUUUAGGUCAAUUUAUUGAUACUUGCAUCGAUCAAGCAAAACUAGAAGAGUUUGAAGAUAAAGCAUCAGAAUUUUACAAGAAAUUUGAAAAAGAGUUUACCGACCACCAAGAAACGCAGGCUCAGUUGCAGAAAAAAGAGGCAAAGAUUAAUGAGCUUCAAGCAGAGUUACAAGCCUUUAAAUCUCAGUUUGGUGCCUUGCCAGCUGAUACAGUUACCUCUUUGCCUCAGUUACAAGAAAAUGGAAACCCCCCAGCACUUCCUCCUCCCACAUCACUGCCCUCUUGUUUGGAUGUGCCACCUCCACCUCCACCUCCACCACCUCCUCCACUUCCAGGAAUGUCCCUGCCAUUUGGUGGUCCUGUGCCUCCUGCACCUCCCCUGGGACUUCUCAGUGGAGGAAAAUCUCCUCCUCUACCAACCCUGCCAUUUGGGUUAAAACCAAAGAAAGAAUUUAAACCUGAAACCAACAUGAGAAGAUUGAAUUGGUUAAAGAUCAGACCCCAUGAAAUGACUGAAAGUUGUUUUUGGAUAAAAGUAAAUGAAAAUAAGUAUGAAAAUGUGGAUUUACUUUGUAAACUCGAGAAUGUAUUUUGUUGCCAACAAAAAGAGAGAAGAGAAGAGGAAGAUUUUGAAGAAAAGAAAGCUCUUAAGAAAAAAAUUAAAGAACUUAAAUUUCUAGAUUCUAAAAUUGCCCAGAACCUUUCAAUCUUCCUGAGCUCUUUUCGGGUGCCAUAUGAGGAAAUCAAAAGGAUGAUAUUGGAAGUGGAUGAAACACAUUUGGCAGAGUCUAUGAUUCAGAACUUAAUAAAGCAUCUUCCUGUUCAAGACCAAUUAAAUUCAUUGUCUCAGUUCAAGAAUGAUUAUAACAACUUAUGUGAACCCGAGCAGUUUGCUGUUGUGAUGAGCAAUGUGAAGAGACUACGGCCACGGCUCAGUGCUAUUCUCUUUAAGCUUCAGUUUGAAGAGCAGGUGAACAACAUCAAACCUGACAUCAUGGCUGUCAGUACUGCCUGUGAAGAGAUAAAGAAGAGCAAAAGCUUUAGCAAGUUGCUGGAACUGGUAUUGCUAAUGGGAAACUACAUGAACGCCGGCUCCCGGAAUGCUCAAACCUUCGGAUUUAACCUUAGCUCCCUCUGUAAACUAAAAGACACAAAAUCAGCAGAUCAGAAAACAACACUACUUCAUUUUCUGGUGGAAAUAUGUGAAGAAAAGCACCCUGAUAUUCUGAAUUUUGUGGAUGAUUUGGAACAUUUAGACAAAGCUAGUAAAGUCUCUGUAGAAAUGCUGGAAAAGAAUUUGAAACAGAUGGGAAGGCAGCUUCAACAGCUUGAGAAAGAUUUGGAAACCUUUCCCCCUCCUGAGGACUUGCAUGAUAAGUUUGUGACAAAGAUGUCCAGCUUUGUUAUCAGUGCAAAAGAACAAUAUGAGAAACUUUUCAAGUUGCAUGAAAAUAUGGAAAAGUUAUACCAGAGUGUAAUGGGAUACUAUGCCAUUGACGUGAAGAAGGUGUCCGUGGAAGACUUUUUUACUGACUUGAGUAACUUCAGAACUUCAUUCAUGCAAGCAAUAAAGGAGAAUGUCAAAAAAAGGGAAGCAGAGGAAAAGGAAAAACGUGCCAGGAUAGCCAAAGAAUUGGCAGAGAAAGAAAGACUUGAACGCCAGCAAAAGAAAAAGCGCUUAUUAGAAAUGAAGACUGAGGGUGAUGAGACAGGAGUGAUGGAUAGUCUGCUGGAGGCCUUGCAGUCAGGGGCUGCCUUCCGCGACCGAAGGAAAAGGACACCUAAGCCGAAAGAUAUUCGACAAAGUCUCAGUCCAAUGUCUCAGAGGCCUGUUCUCAAAGUUUGUAACCAUGAAAAUCAGAAAGUGCCGUUGACAGAAGGGUCACGUUCACACUACAAUAUCAAUUGCCACUCAACAAGGACUCCAGUCGCCAAGGAACUUAAUUAUAAUCUAGACACUCAUACGUCUACAGGGAGGAUCAAGGCAGUUGAGAAGAAGGAAGCCUGUAACAUAGAAAGCAACAGAAAAAAAGAAAUGGAACUUCCUGGCUCUGUUUCUAAAAAUGAAUCCGUUCCUGAAGUUGAGGCCCUGCUGGCAAGAUUACGAGCUUUAUAAAUUAAACUGGUAAAAAAUGAUUAAGCCAAAUAUAAAGCUAUGCUCUAAGCUAUAACACUUGAAAAAAAUUGCUUUUUAUAUGAGUGACUUUAUAUAGCUUUAAAUUAUGGUAUAUAUUAGAAAAAUAAAGCAAAGCUAAAUAUAUGAUUGCAAUGCUUUUUCUAUGUGCUUGAGGUUUUAGCUUAUUCAAGAUUGUAAUGGGCUUUAAUGCUUUCUUUUGGUCUCCUGGUAUUCACACAUUCUAUAUUUGGUGGUUAUAUUAUACAUAAUGAUUUAGAGAGCACGUAGGUGACUAUGUGUUCAGCAGUGUGUCCUAAAUAUCUUUCUAUGUCACUAUAAUUGUAAUUUUUACAUUACUUUAUUCAAAAUUAAUGAAUGUGAAAUCAUCAACCUGAAGUCUUGCUACACAUAACCAUGUACAUUCCAUGUAUAUUAUUUAUAUAGGCCUAUUUUCUCCUCAAUUGGAAUUUACAUGCUUUUCAGUUAUCGUAUCGACACAAAAAACUGAAUGUGUCAGAUAUUUGAGGAGAUGGUUGUAAACUCAUUAUCAUUAUUAUUAAAUUCAUUUUAGUUAGACCCUGCAAAAGUUAAAAGGCAAUUGAGUACAUUUCCAAAAAUAAUGUACUAGGAAUGUAUGUUUCUCUGCACAAUGCAUGCACUUUUUUUGUAUGAAGUGGAGCUAUGUAGUAUCGUGUUGCUGAAACUUAGUCAAGUGAACAUUUUUUCUCCUAGUGAUUAGGACUCAAACAGGAUUGCCAUUUUGAAACUUUCAAUUUUUUUUUAAAUUUCUGUGAAUGAAAAUUGCCAUUUUCUUUAACCUGACAAUCAAUAACUAACAAAAAUUGUUUUAAGAAAAGUUUCCCUAUGCCGAUAUUGCAAUUUUACCUCACUUGAGGCACUUGUUAAUUCUAUAGCCAAGAAAUAAACUUAUUUGCUCUAAAUGAAAAAAAUCACUUUUUUUUUAUCAUUAGCAUAUACUAUGAAUUAGCUGGAACUAGGAUGUUGAUAUGCAAUAAAUCUAAGCAUAUGUUGUUUUAUUAUGACAAUAAGUGGCUGCUGCUCUUUCACCUUC